GUCUCUUCACACUCCUGGUUGAAGAUUUUGGGGUCAAGGGAGUGCAGGUUGAAGAGAUUUAUGAUCUGCAGAGCAAAUGCCAAGGCCCUGUGUAUGGGUUCAUCUUCCUGUUCAAGUGGAUUGAGGAGCGCAGGUCCCGGCGGAAGGUCUCUACCCUGGUGGAUGAGACAUCGGUGAUCGACGAUGACAUCGUUAAUAACAUGUUCUUUGCUCACCAGCUGAUCCCCAAUUCCUGUGCCACCCACGCCCUGCUGAGUGUCCUCCUGAACUGCAACAAUGUUGACUUGGGCCCCACGCUGAGCCGCAUGAAGGACUUCACCAAGGGAUUCAGCCCUGAGAGUAAAGGCUAUGCCAUCGGCAAUGCCCCGGAGCUGGCCAAGGCCCACAACAGCCAUGCCAGGCCAGAGCCACGGCAUUUGCCAGAAAAGCAGAACGGCAUCAGCGCUGUGCGAACCAUGGAGGCCUUCCAUUUUGUCAGCUAUGUCCCUAUCAAGGGACGGCUCUUUGAGCUGGAUGGGCUCAAGGUCUAUCCCAUUGACCACGGGCCGUGGGCUGACGACGAGGAAUGGACGGACAAAGCCAGGAGAGUGAUCAUGGAGCGCAUCGGCCUGGCCACUGCUGGGGAGCCCUACCACGACAUCCGCUUCAACCUGAUGGCGGUGGUGCCAGAUCGGAGGAUGAAGUACGAGUCCAAGCUGCACAUCCUGAAGAUGAAUCGCCAGACUGUGCUGGAGGCCCUGCAGCAGCUUAUCCGAGUAACUCAGCCUGAGCUGAUCCAGACCCAGAAGACACAGGAUUCUCAGCCUCCUGAAGAGGCAAAGCCAGCCACCAGCAAGACUGUGCCUCCAGUGAGCCCCCAUCCAGAUGGCACCGGUGAGCCCGCCAGCCAGGGCCACCCUGUGGCCACGCAGAGCCCACCCAACAAAUCCAAACCGGUGGCAAAGAUGUCAGCGAGCAGUGUCAACGGGGCACCUCCAGCAAACCCCAACCCCAUUGUGCAGCGGUUGCCAGCCUUCCUGGAUAAUCACAACUAUGCCAAGUCUCCCAUGCAGGAGGAGGAAGACCUUGCAGCAGGAGUGGGUCGCAGCCGGGUCCCAGUCCGGCAACACCAGCAGUACUCAGAUGAUGAGGAUGACUACGAGGAUGAUGAGGAGGAUGAAGUUCGUAAUGCCAACUCAGCCAUCAGGUACAAAAGGAAGGGGCAGGUAAAGCAAGAGCACGUGGCGGGGGCUGCAGAUGGCCAGCUCUCUGUCCUCCAGCCCAACACCAUCAACGUCCUGGCUGAGAAGCUGAAAGAGUCUCAGAAGGACCUUUCCAUUCCCCUGUCCAUCAAGACG